UCCGGAACCGAUGGCUCGUACGACGACUCUGGCGCCACUGGAGCAGGCGCCGUGGUCUACAUCCUCGACACGGGCGUCCGCGUCUCUCACGAGGACUUUGGCGGCCGCGCUGAGGCCGGCUGGUCGGCCGAGACAUCGCAGUGCAACGGCCACGGCACACAUUGCGCCUCGACUGCUGGCGGUUCAAAUCAUGGCGUCGCCGAAGGGACCAUCAUCGUCACUGUCCAGGCUGUCUUGAACUGCGCUCCGCGAGCCCGUGGCUCGCACGCUGGCAUCAUCGCGGGCAUCGAGUGGGCGGUCGACGACGCGAAGGAGCGCGGUCUGCCCGCGAUAAUUUCGAUGUCGCUGGGUACGAACCAAGUCGGCGUCUUUGACGACGCAAUCCGCGCCGCCUACGACGAGGGCGUCCUGACAAUUGCUGCUGCAGGCAACUCCAACGACGAUGCAUGCGGCUAUUCGCCCGCCUCCGUGCCGCUCGCAGUCACCGUCGGCUCAACCACCCAAAGCGACUCAAAGUCACCAUUCUCCAGCCACGGCCCGUGUGUCGACAUUCAAGCGCCGGGGUCCCGAAUCACGGCGGCAUGGGUCGGUUCAGACUCGGACACCGCCACCAUCUCGGGGACGAGCAUGGCGUGCCCGCACGUCGCGGGCGUCGCGGCGCAGAUCCGGGCAAUGCGCCCGGACCUGGCUCCCGACCAGGUCACUGCUGCGCUGCUCUGCUUUGCCACGCCCGAUGCCAUUAGCGGCCUCCCAUCCGACACAGCCAACAAGCUGCUCUUCAAC